CACUCGCACAUUUUUCCAAACUGUAUUCGCUUGGUCACCUGCGAAGUCUAUUGCAGCAACUAUGUUGAACCGCUUCCAAACACGCAAGCAAAAAAUUCUGGAGCAGCUAACCGUCCCGGAUGAGGAAUACCAGGACCUGUCACCUAAAGGUUCUGUAGAUGCGCCGAUUCGCGCCUUGAUCGGGGACUUGAACGUCCUUGAAGGGCUAGUCACAACGAGCAGCUGCUCUGGGCGCAUAAGCGUCUUCCUCGAGGGACGUAAAGCUGAUCCCACGGAAGCCACACCUCAAGAUGAGUCACACGCAGGUCCUGGGGGCAAAGGAGGCGGAGGUCAGUGGCUCUACAUAUCACACGAUCCAAUCGCGAUACCUCUAGAUGAAUCGUCCGACUAUAUGCAGACUUUUGGCCUGGUGAAGGGUGAAUCUGGCGCGGGGUCUUUCAAUCUAGCAUGCAGGUACAUUCAUUUGAAGUUUGAGCCCAUGAUUCUACACAUCUUGACAGCGUCCUUAGAAGACUGCCAGCGCGUACUCACUGCCGCUCUCAGCGCAGGCUUCAGGGAAAGCGGUGCCAUGAGCUUGGCUCCAUCCAGGAGUGGAGAACUCAAUCCUAUGGUGGCUGUGAGGUCUACAGGCUAUUCCUUCGAUUCAAUCAUCGGCUACCACGAUAGUUCGGGGCAGAACAUCGCGCUUGUGGACGGAAACUAUCUCCGGACGCUGGUGCAUGUUGCCAACGAACGUUUCCAAAUCAACACAGAGAGGAUUGCACGAUUCAGGGUAGCCUUACUCCAGCAGUACCAGCAGAAUGAAAGACACAGAGGCGCGAUCUCCGAAUGGGAGGAUGCUGGAGCCAGAAAAGCGCGUAAAAGAGCAGAGGGGCUGGCUCGUCAGCAAGCUUUGAAAGUCCAAAUCGAGUCGGACAGUACCAAUAAUGUUUCCGCAGCAACACAAGAUGGUGAUCUGAGCAACGUGUUCGAUUGAAGCCGCUGAUGCAAGCGAUAUCAAACAAUCGUCCCUACGCAAACGAUGUCUCCGUUCAAUCCCGCAAACAUUAUGACUCAUUCUGCGUCAAGUGCGAAAAGGCACGCACUUGUGCCAACUCGGGGACUAUACGCACUGUUUUACGAAGACAAUGUCUCCGAGAUAGUCGACAUCUCCAUCGAGAAGCACUCCUCGGCUAGGUG